AAUAAACUCGUCCGCUUGUCCCGUGACAAAUUUCAGACGGAGACAGAGAAGGCGAAUCAGUACAACAACACAGCAGUCGACGACCUCCUAGUAGGAGGUGGUGGCAACCCCCGCUUUCAGAACCCGCCUUAUCAUGGUCCGAAUCCCAUGGGCAACAACUACACUGGCGCGGCGCGGGGACGAGGAGCGCAGCCCUCCGUUGGCCGGUCACUGCGAGUUCAGCCUACACUCUCUUCAACAGGAUUUCCGCGGGACCACCAAGACCAACCAUUUUCCGUGGUGAAUUUCCGUGGCG